AUGAAGAAGUCUUCCGCUCUCCUCCGUUCCUUCUACUCGCGCCUCUCGACGCGACUAGCGCCGUCGUCGUCACCGGCGGUGGCGCCGUGGCCGCCGGUCCGGACAGCGUACGACCGCUGGCUCGCCGCCGAGCUCGACGAGCUCCGCGCCGACCCGCUGACAACGCCGUUCACCAGCGCCGCGUGGCUCGGCCGCGCGCUCUGCCUCGCCGCCGCCGCGCAGAGGCGCCUCGUCGCGUCGUCCGCGUCGGAGACGGCCGCCACCGGGCCCGCUAGCACCGGCACCAUCGGCAUUGACGGGAAGACCGUCGACGAGUGCGUCGAGGACACUGCGGAGCUGCUCGACGCGUGCGCGGGGUUCCGGGACCGGCUGGACAUGCUGAGGACCUACGCCACCGCCACGCGCGUCGCGCUCCACCGGCUCGAGGGCGGCCACGGCGGCUGCGAGACGGCCGCGCGCCGCGCCGCGGCGGCGUUCGCGGAGUGCGAGGCCGUGGAGCGCCGGUGCGGCGCCGAGCUCGCCAAGUGUGGCUCCAGCCUCCGCAAGCUCGGCGAGAGGGCGCUGCUGCACGCGAAGCAUCAUCCGUCCGGUGCUCCCGGCGCCCACGACGAGGCUCUAUCCGGCGCGCGCGCUCUGGCGUUGCUCGCCGUCGGCGCGCUGGGCUCGGCGCUGGCGUUCCGGCCGCGCCGCGCGGUGUCCGGCGUCGUCGCCAGCCACGCCGCCGGCGGCGGAGGCGGAGGCGGCAAGGCCGUGGUGGCGCAGUGGGAGUGCGCGCUCCAGGAGGUGCAGAGGCACGUCAGGGCGGAGUACGACCGGCGGAGGAAGGACGGCGUACCGUGCAUGGCCGAGCUCGACGCCGCGAUGGCCGCCGGCCGCGCAGUGAGAUGCGCCGUGGCCGGUGGCCGGCGGUGCUACCCGGAGACCGUCGCGGCCGCUGCGAGGAGACGGUGCGACGAGCUGGAGGAGACGGUGGCGGUGCUCGAGGAAAAGCUCGACGAGCUGCGUAGGGAGUUGAUCGCAGUAAGGAUGGUGCUCAUGGAGUGGGCUCAGAGAGCAAGAGGCCAUGAGCUGCUUAGGCUCCCUAGGAUUUGA